AUUCAGGAAAUAGGCCUGGAACAACUGUUAGUGGAACGAGAGUUUUUGUUGGUGAUCUCUCCUGGAAACUUUCAGAUAAAGAGCUCAGAGCAGAAUUUAAACAUUUUGGAACUGUAAAUGAAGCGCUUGUCAUUAGAGAUAAAAAUACUGGUCGAAGUAAAGGCUAUGGAUUCGUUUCUUUCGAAGAACCGCAUGCUGCAUUAGACGCAAUUAAAGCAAUGAAUGGUCAACCCAUUGAUGGUCGUCCUAUACGUGUUGAGGCUGCCGAAGAACGACCGAUCGAUGAUCGUUAUGAAGGAAAAAAAGAUCAUAUGCAAGAUUAUAGGCGACUAAAUGACUAUCGCAGAGACAUGGAUCACGGACGAAAAAAUUAUUAUGAAUUACGUAACAGAAGAGAAAGGGACUUCGAUUAUAGAAGUGACCCUCAUUAUAGGCGAGAUAUUAAUCGUCGAUUUGAGAAAAGAGAUAUUGAUGAUCGGAGAGAAAAUGAAACUCGCCGUGAGGUUGAAUAUCGCAGAGACAUAAUGCGUAGGAGAGAUAACGAUUUUGAGAAACGUGAUAGGGAUAUUGAACGUCGAAGAGAAGAGUUUGAUAGUAAAAGGGACAGAGGAAAUCCUUUAAUAGAGCCGCACGAAUCGUAUCAUUCCUCAUCAAAGAUACAACCAG